AAUUGCAGCAAUCUUAGACCUGGAAGGAGCUUGGGGCAGCACGGAGAGCCCGGCUGGGCUCCAGCGCCGAGGGGAAGAGAUUGGCCAAGCUCCCUGCACAUCUACUGGCAGAGUUGGGAGGCUCCGGACGACCCCACAGGGACCUGGCCCUGGGACACUGAUGCAGGGAGAUCUGUUAGCCCAAAGCUUUCCAGCGCUGUGUUGGUGUGCACCUGGGAGAGUCCACUGAGCCUCUACCCUCUGUGGAGAGGGCCAAAAGUCCCCAGGCCUUUGGAUAAAUGCCCCUACAAUCUCAGGCUGAGAAAUUGGGAGAAGAAACUUGAACCAGCUAAUUAACUUUCAAGCUGCCUUUCUGUAACAAGAUCCCUCCUUCUCCAGAACUUUCAGAGCUGAAGAAUCAAAUGUAGCAAAAGGAGAAUAACCCUGAUAUGUUCUGAGGACAGAAUCCUUCUUUCCUUAGCUCAAAACGUCUAGCAGAAGCCCAGGUGAUGCUCUCCUCCCACUCACCUUUUCUAGUUUCUCCUUCCUUAAAGAUCCAUCUUCAGCCAGUGUUGGACAUGAGCUAACAGUCCUGCUAGACUAUUCUUUGUCAUUUCAACCUGAAAAUCUACCUUGGAAAGAGGUCUUGACCUUGACUGUGUUAGCCCAAACUUAUAGAGAUUACGAGCUAUUUGUAGUCUUAUCCAAGCCAUAUCAACCAGUAUACCCACCUAGACCUACCUUGGGUCUAGAGCUGCCUCCUUUGGAUGAGAAUUCUCCCCUCCCAAUCUCCCACCACAUGACUCCUUCCCUCUUUGAGCUCCACAACUAGACCCCAAGAGGUGAGUCCGGAAUGAACCUGCUAUGGCCAAACUCUGGGUCAAGUUCCAGCGGUAUUUUCGCAGGAAACCAGUCCGUUUCUUUACCUUGGUGGCUCUCUACCUGACGGCUGGGAGCCUGGUUUUCCUGCAUGCAGGCUUUAUGGGCCAGCCCGCUGUGGCUGAGAAUGAGCCCAACCCAGCCGCCAGUGCCCCUGAGGGAGCUGAACUGCCAUACCAGGACCUCCUGCACCUGGAGAGAGGCUUCCGGGAGACCCCUGAGUCUCCAAAUGCUGUCCGCAGAUAUGGCCCUUGGCUCAAGAGCACCUCAUCGAAAGAUUCACCAGAGCGGGGCAGGCUGGGAGACUAUGGUGGGACUUGGAGCCGGGCCCUCAAAGGGAGAGUCCUCAGGGAGAAAGAGGAAGAAAGAGCAAAAUACGUCGGCUGCUACUUGGACAACCCCAGCAGACGGGCCCUCCGAGGAUUAUCCUUCUUUGACUACAAGAAGAUGACAGUCUUCCGCUGCCAGGACAGCUGUGCUGAGCGGGGUUACCUGUAUGCCGGGCUAGAGUUUGGUGCCGAGUGCUUCUGUGGCCACAAGAUCCAGGGGGAAAAUGCAAGCCAGGCUGAAUGCAACAUGGAGUGCAAGGGCGAGAGGAGCAACAUAUGUGGUGGUGUCAACAGACUCUCCAUCUAUCGGCUUGAGCUGGCCCAGGAAUCCGCCCGGCGAUAUGGCAGUGCCAUAUUCCGAGGCUGCUUCCACAAGCCCGACAACCUCUCCUUGGCUUUACCCGUGACAGCCAUGAUGUUGAACAUGUCGGUGGACAAAUGUGUCGACCUCUGCACAGAGAAAGAGUACCCCCUGGCAGCCCUGGGGGGGAAGGCCUGCCACUGUGGUUUCCCCAAUACUCGCUUCCGCCUUCACGAUCAGGAAGAUGAGCAGCUCUGUGCCCAGAAAUGCGGUGGCGAAGAGUACGAGAGCUGUGGGACGAUCAAUUAUUUCAUUGUGUACCAGACACAAGUGCAAGGGUUUAGGGGUGAGAGGGACCACUGGAGGAGUGGUAGGACCAUUUGCAUCAAGACCCACGAGAGUGGCCAGAAGGAGAUUGAAGCCUUUGACGCCGCCAUCUUGCUCAUCCGAAACCCCUACAAGGCCCUCAUGGCAGAGUUCAACCGCAAAUAUGGUGGCCAUAUUGGCUUCGCCUCACAGGCCCACUGGAAAGGCAAAGAGUGGCCAGAGUUUGUGAAGAAUUAUGCACCAUGGUGGGCCACGCACACAUUGGACUGGCUAAAGUAUGGCAAGAAGGUGUUGGUGGUGCAUUUUGAAGACCUCAAGCAGGACCUGUUCACCCAGCUGGAGAGGAUGGUCAGCCUCUUAGAUGUGGAUGUCUUGGAGGACAGGCUCCUGUGCGUGGAGGGUCAGAAGGAUGGAAACUUUAAGCGCUCAGGGCUGAGAAAGCUAGAGUAUGACCCUUACACCCCUGAGAUGCAGAACACCAUCAACUCCUAUAUCAAGAUGGUGGACAGGGCCCUCAAACUGAGGAAUCUCACGGGAGUCCCAGAUGACUACUACCCAAGAUGAUGAGGAGGUCUGUGGGGAGACCAGGAUAGCAAGGAUGGGGAGGGAGGAGGCCCAGGGAUCCCAGCAGAGUUGGCCAGCUCCAUACUCUGAGAGCUAGCCAGACGGUUGGGCUAAAUUUUGGGCUUGGCUUUUGGAUGACCCAUUUUGCUGCUAUGCCCAUUCAGGAGUUUCCUGCAUGAAAACUAACUCAUUCCUAAGGUGAACAUUACACACACACACACACACACACACAC